GCCACCCCCCGGCAUCGUGUUGCAGCCGGUGGCCGCGGCGCGCCGCCUCCUCCCGCCCUUCAGUCGGGGGUUGACUCCCGCACGGUCCGCACGGCUGAGCAGCGAGCUCGCUCCGGUCCGCGCCCCGCGCACACCGCCGCUCCGGUCGCGAUCGCAAGGACGACGACGAAGCGCCGCCGCCGUCGUCUGCUGCCGCCGUCACGGUGCGUCGACGAAAAUAAUAACAACGACAACAACAACAACCAGUGGACCGCCAGGAGGGCGCCGUCGAGUGCAGUGCAGUGCUAGUGUGUCGGUGUGCUCGUCGCGGUGGUGCUGUUGGAGGCCGCGGCCGGGCCCCGGGGCCGCGCACGUACGGCGCUCGUCGUUGGCGAUGCCUGCGGCGGCACGGCGUGGCGGCUCCUCCCUGCUUGAUUAGAGGCCCGCGGCCGGUGCUCCCCGGGGUACACUUGGCGGAGAAGGGGUGCUCCUCCCUCUACUCCCGGCGCCGGGCAGGGCCGGGUGCACUGGCCCCGACGACGACGGAGCCCGAGGCCGGCGAUGGCGCCCGAGCGGGCGGCGUGCUCCCGGCGACCACCUAGGAUUACCUCUCUGGACACGAGGUGGUAGCGCGGUCCCCGUCGGUCCCCGUCGGUCCCCCAUGGCGGCGGGGUGGCGGGGCGCGGCCCCUCUGCUGCUGCUCGUGACCCUGCUGCUGCCGCACGGCGCGCCCGGCGUGACCAUCACCAACCUCAAGGUCCCCUCCACCGUGCAGAACGGCUCGUCGGGCACCAUCCUGGACUGCGAGUACUCGCUGCUGCCGGACGAGGCGCAGCCCACCUCGGGCCUCGUCAUCAAGUGGUACUUCAACUCGCGGCCCGCGCCCGUCUACCAGUGGAUCCCGACGCAGAAGCCGCAGGACCUGGACCUGCUGCGCGGCCGCCUCGACAUGAACUACACGGCCACCUCGCACGCCGCCAUGGAGCACCGCGCGCUGCGCAUCCUCAACGCCACGACCGACCUGUCGGGCGAGUGGAAGUGCUCCGUGUCCACGUUCAAGAACGAGGACUUCAUGAUCAAGAAGAUGAUCGUUUUUGUUCCGGAGAAGGGCUUCGAGGUCAUCAAGAGCAAGACGAACCCGCCCGACCACGUGAACGUGACGUGCCGGGCGCACGGCGUCUUCCCCGAGCCCCGCAUGAACCUGUACCGGGACCCCGCGCCCUCGGGGGCCGCCGGCAAGUCGCACGGCCUCCCUGGCGUGACGGUCAGCACGGUAAGCCGACAGGGCGUGUUCGACAUCACGGCCUGGACGCUCAUGCCUGAGAGCGAGAUCGAGAACCCCACCAUCCUGGAGUGCGAGCUGCGGCUGCCGGACGCCAACUACACCAAGCGGAAGAGGAUCCUGGUGUACUCCGGGAGCAUGGGGUUCCUGAGUGCGGCCGCGGACCCGCGGGUGCAGCCGGUGCUCUGGACGGCCUUCCUCGUCGUGCUGAUGCCGCUCGUCAGGAUAUGCUGAGGCCAGGAAUUUACGUGGCCGUGUUUCUGAGCGUGCCCGGAGCUGGAGCCAACACCAUGCCGCUGGUCGCCCGGAGGCCGGUCUUGAGUCACCUGCUACGUUUGGGGCCAUCGAUUCUUUGGACGAUGGUCUAUAGUGGGUCUGUCCGCAAGUCAUGUUCUGGAAGAUUGUGCUGUUCCGAAAAGAUUGUUAACAAGCAGACGUGUCACAGACUCUUUCCGUUUGUUACUUAUUGACUGACAAAACGGUGGUUACAAACACCAAUAAAGGUGAUCUCUGUGAUUGCAUUUUGCUGCUCUUACAUUUUUCCCCAUAAUGCGGGAAUGGAACUUUACUCUUGUAUAUCCUAGUCUCGUAUGUUUUGUUCGCUCGAGCAGAUAGGGAAACAACGUUUGGGAUGUGGUUGGUGUAUUUGAGUUUACAAAGGGGUCGGAGACCGCGAUACAAUUAUUGAAAUUUUAUAUGGGACCGGUGAGUUACAAUUAAGAGACCAGAGGUUGAUUUAUGUACUAAGAAAAUCGUCGGUUGGUGAAGUGAGAGAUAAAAAUUUGGCGAAUGACCGCUUAAAUUUUGUGAUCUUUUCGAUCUAUAAUUUUUGUUAUCUUAUUCUAAUAUUAUGGACUCAACGGUCGGCUGACACAGCGUCAAUGAGUACAGCAUGUUAAUGUUUGGAUCAAUUUGUUUACUGCUAUUCUGUAUGGCCUUACGACGAACCGAGCCGUUCAAUGGACUCAUUAAUGAUGGUGAUAAGAAAUAAAUAUCAUAUUCAAAUUUUA